AUGCCUCAGGAAAUCUCAAAGCUCCCAAGUGUUGCAAUUAAGAUCAGGAUGUAUCUGGUUCUCAUGUGGGGGUUGUAUCCAAGGCGCCUCGCUGCACAGUCGGUGGGAGGCAUUGGCCACGCCCGCCAUGUCCUCAGCAGGCUUGUGCGUCUUCUGUUUGUCCAACAAUCCCUGCUUGAGAAGCAGCGCAUCCUGAUCCAGCAGCACGAGGAUGCCAGGGAGCUGAAAGAGAACCUGGACUGCCAGGAGGGCAUAGUCUUCGACAUCCUGGCCAGCUACCUGGGCCGUGGGAACCUGGUGGACUACGAGCACUUCUUCAAGAUGAAGUUGGCACUCAUCAUGGAGCAGCGCAAGCUGUAA